AUGGACCGGGGCGACAACUACGACGACAAGGAGGGGUACUACGCGCACCGGGUGGGCGACGUGCUCGCCGAGCGGUACAAGGUGCUCGGCUCCUUCGGCAAGGGCGUCUUCUCCACUGUCGUGCGCUGCGCCGUGCUAGGCGCCGCAGAGGGCGAGCCUGCCGAGGUGGCGGUCAAGGUGCAGCGCAACAACGAGAUGAUGCGCCGCGCGGGCGAGAAGGAGAUUGCGAUCCUGGAGCGGCUGCGCAACGCGGACCCGGAGAACCGCAAGCACUGCAUCCGCCUCGUCGGCCGCUUUGACCACGAGGCGCCCCCCGCCCCUGCGGACCACCUCUGCAUGGUCUUCGAGGCGCUGCACCAGAACCUGCGCUCCGCUGUGAAGCAGUUUGGGCACAAGCGCGGCAUCCAGAUAGACGCGGUGCGCGCCUACUCGCGCCAGCUGUUCACCGCGCUGCGGCACAUGGAGAAGCUGGGCAUCGUGCACGCCGACCUCAAGCCGGACAACAUCGUCGUCAACGAAAAGUACAACCUGCUCAAGGUGUGCGACUUCGGCUCCGCGGUGGAGGCCGACGACCAGGAGCUCACCCCGUACAUGGUCUCGCGCUUUUACCGCGCCCCCGAGAUCAUGAUGGGCCUGCACUUUUCGUGCCCGAUCGACGCUUGGGCCGCCGCCGUGUCGCUGUUUGAGCUCUACACCGGCCGCAUCAUGUUCAUGGGCAACUCGAACAACUCGAUGCUCAAGCUCAUCCAGGAGGUGAAGGGCAAGAUGCCGCACAAGCUCAUCCGCAAGGGCAUCUUUGCAGAGCUGCACUUUGACCCCGACUACGACUUCCUCUACAAGGAGCGCGACCGCGUGAUCCGCCUCGUCAAGUUCGAGCAGCGCGCCAUCCCGGGGCACGACCUGCGCUCGCUCCUCUCGCAAGGCGCAAAGCUCAGCGAGGCCGAGGCGCGCAAGGUUGUGAUGCUGGCCGACUUUCUCGACAAGGCGCUCACCCUCGACCCGGCCAAGCGGCUGAAGCCGGCCGAGGCGCUCAAGCACCCCUUUUGCGACCUCAACCGCAAGUGA